AAAAUCACAAACAAAAGGAGCUAAACUUUUUGUGUGACUGUCAGCAGAGUUUCGUUGGAGCUUGUGAAGACUUAAACACUGUUUUAACUCUCUCUACCCAGCCUUACAGUUAGAGUCCACUACCGUGCAUAUUCAGAAGAUAUCGUGCAAGUUUUCGACAGAUUGCCGUUCGGAGACAAACUCCUCGAGAUUGUACUCAGGCUAGGAGUGGGAAGAGGUUAACUUUUUAUAGGAUCAAAGAGGUACCGCCGUAGAGAGGUUUCAAAACGAAGAAAUCACAAACUAAUGAAACUCUAAAAAAACUAUGGAUGAUGUCUUCGAAUGCACGCUCCCAAAGUGUCGUGGAGAGACCCAGUCUGGAAACAUGCAACUCUUGGCCAGUGUUAACCCUUGCGACGAGGGGAAUGUGGUAAGAGGAGAAAACACCGAUCUUACCUUGAAAGAUUAUUCAGACACAGUCAAAUACCUCGAACAACUGCAAGAAAUCAAUCUGAAAACCUUCACCGCAGAACUCGAUAGAAAAGAAACUGGAAUUUCAGAGGAGACAGCCAACAGGGCUCUGAACUCCCCUGUGCCUUUCAACAGCAUAAUGUAUGGAUCCAGAAGUGGGCUCUACGCAGGUCGAGUGUCAGGGCCAAAAUUUUCGGGCGAAACACACGAAGACCCUGUAGCGUCAAGAAUGAGAAAUUACAGUAGAAGUUAUGACUCUUUUGAUCGCGCAGAAAUAACUGGUGGCGCCGGCAAUGGAAGAAUGAUUAAUCCACCGGAGAGAAGUACUGCAGCCAUGUUUGAUUAUCAUUACACGGAUCACAAUACACAUGGUGGAAUGUCCACAUCAAGCGGUGUUAAGUUGCCAAACGUGAACACCGCGCAAAAUGGAUUUGCCGCAGAAAGUGCUGCUAUGCAUUAUUCUCAAGGUGCUGGAGGUGAAUCUUUUCUUCCUUCUCCCCAGAACUGUCCACAGCCAGUAAACAUUAACCCUCUAGCUGGCUUAUCAGAGCUGGCCGAAAAGGCAAACUUUGUGUCUGAACUCGCCAGGGAUGGCGUCGCUCAGUCUCGGUUUAGCUCUCAAGGAAGUCGCGGCCAAAUAAAUCGCCCGGCUCGUCAGUACAGCUACCCAGAAGCACCGCGUACUCGCAGUUGGUCAAGUUCGGGUUCUGAUGGCGUUGGAAGUUACUUUAACGGCCGGCAACAGUCAUUUCGAGCUGACAACUUCUCGCCAUCCCUGUCAACAGGGAGUUCAGUGCUAUCUGACUCGGAUCUUGGCAGUCCAUGCCAUUCGACACGAGCACGGCAUUUCUUUCCGUACAGCGAGUCUGAUUCGGACCUUUCACCGACGGAACCGAGCCCUGGCUAUGCGUAUGAUAGAAACAGGGCAUACCAGAACUAUAAUCCGAGAUCGUUUGCGAAUUACCGGGUGUGGAGUAACCAGGCUGAAUCCAUCACUCCCAACGUCACUGUUGUACCGGAUCCGAGGAGCAAAUUAUCGCCACUGUUCAAGUCUGGAAGCCGAACGACGAAAUCCGAGCAAAUUCUCAAAGAACAUUUGCAAACAUUUGGUAAGUUUUUGUCUACGCCAGCGGACAAAGACGACGAGAAAGCUUCCCUGGCAGAGAAUGAGAAAAAAUGGAACAGCGGAGAGGAUUCAGUGAGAGAAAAGAAGCCUCCCACGAGCUCAUCAAAUGCUUUAAAGGAAUCGCUUCCCAGCGAAGAGAGCAGUGUAUUCCCUUGCAAAUGGGUUGGGUGCGAUGGACUUUAUUCAGAGCAAGAUGAUUUAGUGCGGCAUAUAGAGAAAGUUCACAUCGACCAAAGAAAAGCCGAUGAUCUUUAUAUAUGUUACUGGAAGGAUUGUAGCAGGCAGCGCCGCGCUUUCAACGCCAGAUACAAAUUGGUGAUUCACAUGAGAGUACAUUCGGGUGAAAAACCCAACAAGUGUACGUUUCCAGGAUGUAAUAAAGCAUUUUCCAGGCUUGAAAAUCUGAAGAUUCACAUGCGAUCACAUACUGGUGAAAAACCAUACCUUUGCCAACACCUAGGCUGUCCUAAAGCAUUCUCAAACUCAUCUGAUCGGGCUAAACAUCAAAGAACACAUCAAGAUACGAAGCCAUAUGCCUGUCAAGUACCAGGCUGCCCCAAGAGAUACACAGACCCUAGCUCACUAAGAAAACACUUCAAACAACAUGCUAAUGGAAAGAUGCCUCAACAGAACUCAAAUGGAAAGUCUAAACAGAAACCAAGAGGAAACCGAUCAUCAAAAAGAGAUCUCCUCUGUGCUGGAGUGACAAGACCUUUACCAGAUUUUGGCUAUGUGGAUGAAUUUCAGGCCAGAAAGAGGCAGAAAACAUUGGAUACACUGCGUCAGACAACUGAGAAAAAAAUGGCACUUGAAAGUGGUUUUGCUCAAGCACACCUGGAUGCUCAGCGAGCUUGGUAUGCAGCAGAAAGUGUUUAUGGGCAGUAUACUCCACCACCAUUGCAACCUGUUGCUAGAGCAAGCACACCAACACCAGAGGAAGAACCUGGAGCACUUCGUUUCACUCAAAUGUUAAGUAGCAUGGAGAUACCAACAUUUGAAGACACACUAAAGCCAUUAUCAAGUGCCUAUUCAUAGCCAAGAGUAAAAUUACAAGUCUGAGAUGUUUUGGGGAAACAUCAAUUAACUUUAAGUAAGGCUAUGAAGCAGCUUUUUUUUUUCUUCAAGGGUGUAACACUUCCUUCCAGGAUACUUCCUGAUGAAGUACCUUUGCAAGAAUCUGGUUUAGAAGAACUAUUGACCAGGAAACUCAGUAUAAAAGGAUAUUAUACAUGAAAUACUUGAGAUAUCAUAGGUCGGAGAAGAAAGCUAUUUUACUACAAAAACAACUUCAUUUUAUAAGGUACAUAUAUGAUGUACAAAAAAGUUAAUAAUACAUCAGCUUCACUGAUGAAAAAUCAGUUUAUUACAAAGAAAAGAGCAAAAGGUUUCUUGGAGAAUGAGUUUAUCAAAAGAAAUCCACUUUUGUAGACUGAAAAUCAUUUGUACAAUGCAAUGUGUACAACUUGACAGUUGAGUUAAGUUAGCCCUGAAAAAACUUGUAGGUCAACUAUGUACAAGUUUACAAAGUCAAUUUAUUUUUUGAAAGUUGUUCCUCCAUAUAGCCAGAUUGUGAACAGUAAAAAUUAAGUCAAGGAAAGAAAAUCAGAGUCUUAUAUUUUGAUUAAUAUGUUACUCUGGAAGGUACAGGAUAUUCUUUUAGACAUUGCCACAAUGAAAUGUGUGAAUUGGGGGUAAAUAACAUUAAUUAAUUAAACCCUUAUGGGCAUGCAAGCACCCAAUACUCAGACAGAUAAAUGGAUAGUUUUGGAAAUCUUGUACAGUCACAAUUAGAAAUAUCACUAGUAGUUUUGUGCAUCUUGAAGAGAAUCAUUUAAUAAUUUAUUGUAAUUUACUUUAGGCCUUGGGAAAAUAGAAUAAUCACAGAUUGUAGAAUAGCCCUAGAAGUUUUUAAAAUCAAGUUAUUUCCCAACCAACAAAUUUUGAAUUGUAGGCAAUUGUUUACUCUGAUUUGUAGCCAAAUUAGAUGAAAUUAGUCCUGAUUUUUUUCCAAACAACAAUAGCAAUCUGAUGUUGGAAGAUAAUUUCUCAUAGUGUGGAUUAAGUAAAAGAGCAUAUGGAACAAACUUAACCGAUGAUACCUUUAGAUAAAAAGAAUUCAGAAUGAAAAUAGCUUCAUAGGUUUCACUUUAAGAUCAACACUAGCACUAGACUGAUUAAAACUCAUUUCACUUUCUGGCCAACCCAUUAAAGACUACCACUACAAUCCUUUUUUUAGGCAUUCUUUUUAGUUCCCUUGAUAGAAGGGAUUUUAGUAUGGAGUAUGCAGUUGCAGACUGUAAAUAUCUCUUAACAGAUCACACUUUCUCAAAUGUAUUUUGUCGAUGCACAUACAGUUAACCACACAUGUAAGCCAAUAUUUUGCCAUAGUUUUGUAACAUCCACUUAUUGUUUCUAUGUUUCUCUCAGUCAUCAAAGAAACCAUGCACUUUGCAGCUAUCAUAGUAUAGUUUUGUUAUACUUCUUUUCAAGAUCCAUGUAAGAGAACAUGCGCAAUGUCAAUA